AGCUGCGUAUCCUAUUGAGUGACUAAUUUAAAAAUAGUUAGGUAACAUUUUCUAUUCCAAAAAUGUACAAGGGCCCCUCCCUAGCGCAUUUUCUUCCGGCGCCCCUGGCGCCAGUCCUAUUCUUCUUGCGAAUAAGAGGUGGUCCACCACCAGGUCCUUGAUUAAGGAACCCGCCCCCUCUUUUUGAGCAAUUGUACAUGGUUAUAGACAGUUUUUUUUCGUCAUAUGAUAAAUUUACCAUCCCUUUUUUCUGUCCGAGGACUUAGCUUACUUAUUCUAUGCGUAAAUCCACCUCAAGCGAAUUACUCUUAAAAGGAACUUGUGACUAAAUAGUUUAACGCUGGGGUAUGAGUGCUUCUGCUUGAUAUAUGAUUCUGGAAGCAUUUUGCUUAAAAUAAUUUAUUUACACGCUGUAAUUUUGGCCGCUAGACUAAAAGUCAACGAGAGGAAUAGUUCAACAGGUGACUAACAUUUGUCCGUUUAAAUUUGGAAAAUUGUUUGAAACAUGAAACUACAUGAAAUUAUUACAUUAUCAAGGGACGGCCAUUUCUAGACCCUCCUGUAUAUAAAAAUUAUAGGGGAAAAUAUGAAAAAGUUGGUAACACGAAACACCUGUCGUGUGGCAGCACUGUUUAAUUUCAUUUCAAACUACAAAAGGUAACGAACAACAAAAGAAGAAGUGUCACAGUGCAGUGAAUUGGUUGAUUGUAUUUAACUGAAUAUCCAUUAAUGGAUAAAUGUUUAGUAUCCGUUUGUGUUCCGACCAGUGAAAUAUCUACAAUGGAGGAGAAUUUCAAUUUAAUAGGUUUUAACAGUCCCGAACAAAAAUCUGCAGAAAAUGCAAUCAAUCUCUCACCUGGCGAUAACCCUUUUGAUCUGUUAUCACAAAACGCAGAUUUACAAUUUAUGGACGAACUUAAAGAUUUUGAAUACUUUAUGAAAGGUGAAUUCAUUGGGAAAGAAUCCUUGGGUAUCUUAAAACUGGAAACUUUAAAUGCCAGCUGCAACAGUGAACAUUUUUUACAUAGCCCAAGUUUUGACCAUCAGGCGUCCAGAGAAGGUCUGCUGAAUGUCGCCUACUUGCAGCUGCCGUCGUUGCAUUUAAACGAUAAAACAGAGUCGAUUAGUAGCGGAUCGCGUUUUAACUCGGGCAGCCUGAUGCCAAGCGAGCCGUCGAACAUCUGCUCUGUGAGUUUCGAACGGUCUGAAAAUCUUCUAAAUGAUGCCUUUAUGAGUAACAAGCGUCAACAGAGAGCUGUGUCCGAUUCCACUUCGAAACCUCACGAAGGAGUGAAAGUUACGCCCGCCUUAUCUUUGCCUAGUGUGUUUAAUAAAAGUGAAGUAGAUCAGGCCAGUAGCAGGUUGGAAAGGGAUUUUUGCGAUAGUUUUAAUGAUUCUGUUUUCAUUGAAGCCAAGGAUGUGGCCGCCAAAAUCGCAGAUGGGUCAAUGGUUUUAAAUAAAUGUGUACAAGAUGUAUUUCUGGACCAUACAAGCCCACCGAAGUUAGUAGACCUUGAUGAAGAAGAAUCUUUCAAUAAAGAUAAUGAAAUAUGUUCACAACCGUUACCUCAAGAAGUAAUUGAGAAUGACGUUGCACCAACCGUAGAAACCUGUGAAAAAGAUGCAGUGAAAAAAAAUUUAUCGAACAUAUUUAACGGUGCCGAAAGGAGACAAAGUCACAGUAGUAGCGGGAGUAACGGAAGCACGCGAGACCCUAACGAGAUACUAUUCAAUCUCUCGGCGAUUAUUAAUAAUGAUAGACGCGAUUUGAGACAAAGCAAAGAGGGUCAGCAAUUGUUGUACAGUCUCGCCGAUAUUCUUUGUACAGACAAUUUAUCUAAAAACAAAUGUAACGAUAACUUGGAUGAUUCCGGCCACUCUUCAAUUGAACAAGACCAGAAUAAUCACGAUGUUCACGCUUGUUUCGAGGUUUUGGAUUUUCGUGUCAUUAGUAAGUCGAGUGACGAUAUGCAAGCACUCGAUCUGUCCACAAAAAAUAAAGUUGACGGUGGCAGGCGUCUCAGUCAGUCGUUCACUCUGGCUUCAUCUCCAAAACUGUUUAAUAGGUUAAAAUCGCAAAGUUCUUCGGGUUCUUCUGUCUCUAACACGAAAUUAGGAAAUGCUAGCAAAUUAAAGCCGAAAAAGGUCGAUGAAAAGCCACAAUCGGCUAGAGGGCCUUUAAAAGCAGUCAUACCGGUUGUGAAUAUGGCAAAGCGAAAAAGUAUCGGCGGAAAAGCGAAUGUCAGCAGCGUUACACCGCCAAAAUUGGGGGUGUCGCACCCGUCUUCAAUUUUCGCAACAAAACGUACCAGUACACCAAUAGCUGAACCUCAGCUGAAACCGAUCGCCCAAUCAACUCCCACUGUUGGAAUACCCAAUUUGGACCGCAACAAACCCAACUCCUGCUCCUCCCAGUUAAAAAAGCGCAAGUUUUACUGCCCAAUUUCGCCCUUUCCACAACAGAACAGCGCCGAUAAGAAAAGCAUGGACCUCAACUCUACAAAAUCGUCUCAAUCGGCUUCAACUCCCAAUCUCUCAGCUCAAUCGAUAAAGAGUUCUGCAUUACCGUCACCUAAGUUCAUGUACCGACGGCAUUCGGCUUCGGAAUUAAAAACCGAAUCGAAUGCGCCUCUUGCGCGCCGCUACAGUAUUGGUUCUGGGAGUAAACCAAAUAUAGUGAAUAGAUUAAAGAAGACCGUCUCGAGUGUCACUAAUACAGGGAUUAAGAAAAAUACUACACUUCCAAAAAAGAGUACAUUAAGCGAAAGUAAUAGCGACACUGUGCCUAGUAUUAAACCAUCCACUUUGGUUGCCAAGUUUAAACGGAGCCUCUCUAAUAAAGAAAAUUGUCCUAGAAAGUAGUGGGGAAACGAACCUCUUUUAUUAUUGUGAUAUUUGUAGAUGUUUUAAGAUGUCUGUAUUUUUGUAUUUUAUAUUGAUUGAAGUUUUGCUGAUGUGGGAAUUGUAAUGUCUUUAUGUAUUUAAUUUGUGGGCA